GAAGCUUGCACACUUUGCAAUUAGUAUACGACUCUAUUUAAUUACUUUUGAUCCAAGUCCUCCUGAUUUCCAUCUCCAAAAUCAUGGCUUCUCUUCGUUUCUUGACAUUUCUUUCACCACUCUUGCUGAUCACUUUGUCAAUGGUGGACAACACAAGCAGGACAGAAGCGCGCAGGAUUUUGGAGACAACAUUGCCUAUGGUUCCUGAGCUCCCCAAGCCUGAAUUGCCUGAGCUGCCACCGUUGCCUAAGGUUGAACUUCCAACAAUACCGAAACCUGAACUCCCUGAGCUGCCAAAACCUGAAGUUCCCAAAUUGCCUGAAUUACCAUCUUUCCCCCAUUUCCCUGAGCUUCCAAAGACCACAUUACCUACCAUACCAGCUCUUCCCAAGGAAAUCAAGCCACCUCAGUCUACUACUAGUCCUUAAAUGGCCAUACCAUUUCAUAUUUCUAUGUAUUAGACACAUGUGUCGUGAAAUAACUUUAAUAUGUGGAUAGGACUUUCGUCUGAGUGUUUGUUAUUGUAUUACACACAUAUUAUUUUACGUUGUUGAGAGUUUGUUGUACUAAAAUUUGUGGUUUCUGCAGUCCCUUUUCUACUAUUUUAAUGUUACAUAUAUCCUUGCAAAUUGCCA